AUGAAACAGUCACUCACACUCGUCUUCUUAGUAGCCAUUGGUUACGCCACCGCCCACACCACAUCACGUGACUAUUCGGGUGGGUACGGUGGCGGUUGCUAUGGUAGCGAUUGUGAUAGCGGUUAUGGCGAUAGUGGAUAUGGUGGAGGCUGUACUGGCAGUGAAUGUGGCGGUGGCUAUGGUGGUGGCUAUGGUGGCGGCUAUGGUGGAGGUUGCAGUGGUGGAGAUUGUGGUAAUUACGGUGGUGGCUAUGGUGGUGAUUGCAAUGGUGGAGAUUGUGGUAAUUACGGUGGUGGCUAUGGUGGUGGUUGCAGUGGUGGCAAUUGUGGAGGUGGCUACGAUGAUGCCUUCCCUGCUCCCUAUGGCGGUGAUUAUGGUAACGGUGGCAACGGCUAUGGAAAAGGUGGUAGUAAAGGCAACAAUUAUGGAAAGGUUUAUGGAGGUGGUAGCGGUAAGGGUAAGGGUGGUGGCAAAGGUGGCAAAGGCGGCAAAGGUGGCGCUUACAAACCCAACCAUUAUGGAAGCAGUUACUGA